AUGAACUGGGCUUGGUCGCAGAUACAAGCUGCGUCCAUCUUGAGUGCUGUUACUGCUGCUCCUCCGCCGCCACCGCCGCCUCGACAAGCGUCAGGCUCGUUUGGUGAACCCGCUGAUGCUCCUGUGAAACGACAGAGGGUUGAACCCAACGUGGGCUCAUUCGCAACCUUUGACAAGAGCUUCAUACCUGGACCAGGACGAACAGACGCCAUAGCACGGAAUGCCUUCCAACAGCACAACUUGAAGGACCCUGGAUCUCACUUACCUGGACUCCAUGCAGUACCUCAUCCUUCCGCGACAGCUUGGGCCAGAUCAACUUCAACCGUGACCCAAGCAUCCCGUAAUCCAAGCAAUGCUUACCCCUUCCACCAUCACAAUAAUACAGCGAAGCACUUAUCUCAUUCUCACUCACAAGGCCCACGCGCAUCCAAUCUGUACAACAACUCGCCAGCUGUCUUGCGGCGUAGAACAGACUCGCACUCUCCUCUGGACAAGGCUUGGGGUGGAGAUGAGUCGACAAGAGCAAAACGCCGUCGAACAUCGUCAAUAUGGACUGAUCGAGGAGCAAACUCAUUGUCUCCGUUCUCGGUUGACCAGACUAUGAUAACAAGCUUCAACAACCAGUUCAUAUCCACAAACCUUUUACAAAUAUAUCAUGAUGUCCUGGAGCACAAUCUCUCUUGCUGGCUGACUGAAGUAACUUGCCCUUACCGGGCACCCGGUUAUGUUGCUGGAGGCAGUUAUGCUCCCACCGAAUGGGGAUCGUCAUGGUCGAAUCGCAUCUACCGUCGCACAAUCAAUCUUGAUCAUGCAAUAUCAACAUCGAAACUCACUCGACUAACUCGUUCUGAGGAUAAAGCUGCCGCAAAGGCAUUCCAACUAGCCAUCAUGGCCUUUGCUACACAAUGGGCCCAAGGCAGUCGCCGGCAGCGACAGCGCUUUCCGACUGACGGCGAGACACCGGAGGAUAUACUCGACGAUGUCACUGAAGAGUUCGAUCGAAAUAUCCAACGAAACCUCUGGGAACAGGCAAAAAGGGCUCUCCAGGAUGUUGCCGAGGUUGAGUCAUAUCGAGUAGCUACCGCCGAGUUAAUCUUUGGUCUGACCCAAAAGCCCUGGACUUUUGACAAUGAACCCGAUGAUACGGCUAGAAACCCCAAUACAUUGUCUUCUUCACUACCGGAAGUUGAUAUGAAGUCUUUGAACGCCGAACUCGGCGACAUUAUCUCACGAGAUGGCCUGCCAGUAUUUAUGGAGAGAGCUGCACGAAAGAUGCAUACUCUUAAAUUUCGAUUCGACUCGGGGCGACGCGGUGUCACUGGACCUCUUACAAGCCCUAAGAAUAGCGACGCGCUGUCGAUGAUGAACCCGGAAGAUCGUGGCACUGUUGGGUUGCUUUACUGGCUUGCAGUCAUGCUGGACACUGUUUCCUCAUCUAUGAGUGAGCGUCCAGUUGUUGUCGCUGACGCAGAUAGUCAGCAUGACGAUGCAGACGAUGAUCUUGACGCGACAACAAAUGGACGGUGGAACGUUCCUCUGUUCAUCCAGGAUAAUCUGGAACAGCCACAUAUGUACCGCGCUGUGCACUGGCCUUGCUCAUAUGAAUCGGCUGCUGAAGCUGUCACCAAGUCAGCACCCGUCAAAGUUCUCCUCUUUCGCCAUGUAUCCUAUCUGCAAAAUAUCUUGAGGAGAGGAGGCCGUGGAGAAAAGGUUGAGGAACUCAUCAAAAACACCAGCUCACUUUAUCGAUACUGGAAUAUGACACAUGGUGCUUUCUUCAAGGAACUGCUCCUUGACUACGAAUCAGUUCCAGGCCGCUUACAAAGCUGGUUCGUCUGCAUUUCGGCCCAUUGGAAUCUCGGUGCUCUUAUGCUCGCCGAUCUCAUCGAGUAUGUGGACGAGAACGAGCUGGGCGAGGCAAAUGCAUCUCAUGGCCGACUAUCCAGCAAGAUGGUGACAAAGAUACGUGAAUCGAGUGCCAAAGAGUUGUCUGAAUUGGCCAAGGUGUCGACCCCUGACCACAACCUGACCAAUCUAACAGCAUCUCAAAUGUCGCACUUCCACCAUGCGGUCAGCGAGGCGACAAUUCUUACAGAGCCCUGGACUAUUCUCCUCAUCAGAGCCUUUGCCAAGGCAGCUAUGAUCUUCAUACAAGAGGCCAAGGACUCUAUAGAGUACAGCAUAGCGGCUCCAGCAACUACUGGACAUGACCUUCAGGAGAGUGUGCGACGAGCACAGGACUGCAUAAAAGGGCUAUGGAUUUUAGGUAAGAAGUCUGAUAUGGCUAGGAGGUCUGCAGAUACUCUGGCGGCCGCGAUGAAGAAGCUGAGAGUGUAA